UUACUCGCGAUAAUGUGACGCUUUACACGCGGAAACUGUUUACGUUGGUAGCGGCGGCUCAUGUUUUAACCACUAUCAAAAACAACGUUUUUGUAGUUUAUUCUUGUUUUGCAGAAGAUCGAAAUGGGGAAAGCUGAUUUUCUCUCACCCAAGGCGAUUAGCAACCGGAUAAAAUCCAAAGGUCUUCAGAAACUGAGGUGGUAUUGUCAGAUGUGUCAAAAACAAUGCCGAGACGAGAAUGGCUUCAAGUGUCACUGCAUGUCUGAGUCCCACCAGAGACAGCUGUUGCUGGCCUCAGAAAACCCCAACAAGUUCAUGGACUACUUUUCUGAUGAGUUCAAAAGCGACUUUUUGGAGCUGCUCAGAAGGCGUUUUGGCACAAAACGAGUGCACAACAACAUUGUAUAUAAUGAAUACAUCAGUGACCGGGAACACGUCCACAUGAACUCCACACAAUGGGAGACUCUCACUGAUUUCACCAAAUGGCUGGGCAGAGAAGGUUUGUGUAAAGUCGACGAGACCCCGAAAGGUUGGUACAUCCAGUACAUUGAUCGCGAUCCAGAGACCAUCCGUCGCCAGGAGGAGCAGGCCAGAAAGAAGAAGCAGGAGCUGGAUGAUGAAGAGAGGAGCGCCAAGUUCAUUGAGGAGCAGGUCCGCAGAGGCAGAGACAGCAAAGAGACAGAAGAAAAUCCAGUGUACACCGAACUCAAGCGUGAGAGUGAAGAGGAAAAAGUUGCUUUUAAACUUGGUGCAACGUCCUCGGUUGCUGGUCCUUCCAAAUCCAGUUCCCUUCUGGGUGCCAGCGCUCUCAAAGCAACAUCGACCAAGAGAAAAGAAGCGUCCUCCGGUUCAGACUCCAGAGGGGAGAAGAAGAAGAAAUCUGCCUUGGAGGAGAUCAUUGAGAUGGAAGACAAGAAGAAGCAGUCGGUCAGAACAGACUACUGGCUGCAGCCCAACAUCGUGGUCAAAGUCGUUACCAAGAGACUGGGAGAGCGGUACCAUAAGAAGAAGGCUGUUGUUAUGGAAGUACGAGACAAAUACACAGCGGUGGUGAAGAUGGUUGACUCUGGAGACAAACUGAAACUGGACCAGAAUCACGUAGAGACCGUCAUACCUGCCCCGGGUAAACAAAACGUUUUGAUUGUGAUAACAUCAACAUCAAUACAUCAAAAUAAUGAAUCUCUUUUUUCCACAGCUGUAUUUUUUUUAACUUCAUCACAUUUUGCCAAUUUUCCUGCAGGUAAACGUGUUUUGAUCCUGAACGGUUCGUACAGAGAUACUGAGGCUGUGCUGGAGGGGAUUGAUGAGAAGAAUUUCUGUGCCGCACUAACGCUUGACUCUGUAAGUAUUCAUUUAUUUGUUAGAAAAACUGAUUGUCUCUUUGUCAGGACAGUUCAAAUGUGGUUUCUGGUUUGAUUAGAAGUCAUGCUUUGGCCUCGUCUCACCCUCAGGGUCCACAUAAAGGGAAGCGCGUCGAUGUUGCCUAUGAAGAUUUCGCAAAACUGGCCUGAAGCAGGAACCCUCCAGUUUUAAUCCAGCCAGCUGUGAGGGACUCUACUGUGUCAGAGUGGCUUUACCACGAUUCAUCUGUACAUACAAAGCGUUCACAAAGACAAUUAGGAGCGACGUCUCCGAUUUUGUUUUAUUAACGGUCAACCUAAUGUUGCUGAUGUAAAUUCUGUCCAAAUAAAUGUUACAAAAGUGA